CACACAUAUGUGUUAAGCAAUACGUAACAACUUACAACAUACAUAACUAUUAACUAAUUUUCUAUACAUUUGUUACUUACGCAAGCAGGCAAGAACCAUUAACCAUGUUGCCUAAUUUGAAGACGCGACGCAUAACGAGCCUGCAGCUGGCAGGCAAGCACUUGGGUCCAGUGGCCAAGUGCCCGCCGCGCUACUCUGAGGAGGAUUGGGACUACAACAACAAGAUUAAGUUUCGCAUUACCUGCGACCAGGAGAAGCUCGCCGAGCGCAUUGUCGAAGAGUCGCGUCGCGUGGUAGAUGAGACCAAGGACACCACCAAGAACUGGCAGCGCGAGGUGGAGCAUCAUAUGCGCGAGCGCACCAGUGAGAUUCGCUUUCUAGUCGAUGAGCUGAACCGUCAGAAGAAGACGGCCAUGCUGGAGGAUGAGGCAUUGAAUACUUAUCGCAAUCGCGUGCUCAAUGCCAUUGAGUUUCUCAAGGAUAAGUCGCUGGCCAUUUGCAAGCAGUGCCUGAUCCUGCGCGAGGGUCGCAUUGGCGUGGAUCUGUGCGAUGAUGAGGUGGAUCGCUCGCUGCGUCGCGAGCUCAAGGUCAUCAAGGGUUGCCAGGGCUUGGCUGAUGCAGCGCUCAAGGAGGCUGAGGAGCAAAUACGCAAGCUGCGCGCUGCCAUGUAUUUGCUGGAUCAGGAUUUGGCAGCCAAGGACAAGUCGCUGUCCAUUGACGAGAAGAAUCUGAAGUUGAAGGACUUUCAGCAUGAUCUGGCCAAGGGACAGGAUCUAUCCAAGCAGCACUGUCAAUUCUCGCUCACCGAGUGGCAGGCGCAGACCUAUGAGAAUCUUGAGGCAAACGCCAAGGCUUUGGUCUCAGCCGGGCAGCUGCGCGCCUACAUUGACCUGCUGCUGAAGCAGGUCUGCGAGGAUAUGCAGAACCAAACGGAUCGCACCAAUGAGGCGUUCGAUCGUCGCAUUGCCGAGACGAAGCACGUGAAGCAGUGUCUGGAGAACAAGCACAAGGACACCAUGGAUCAUAUACAUCAGGUGCAGCGCAACAUGAACGAUCUGGAGAAGGAGAUGUCCGAUAAGCAGCGUGCAAUUGCUUUAUGCUCAACACGCCUGAGCAAUCGCGCCCAUCGUCCUGGGCUUGAGCUCACCUGCGAUAUGGUCCAGGAUGCGCUCUACAAUGAGCUGCAGGCUCUGAAGGCCUCUGUCUGCAAGCUGAAUCAGAAACUGAACGAGAACAAGGCUUCCAUGCGCUAUCUCAUGCAUGUCCAGGUCAUGCAGGAGGAGGAGAUCAACAUUAAAGCAAAUACUUGCAAAAUCGACGAGGUCGACUGCAUGACCUUGCGCCAGGCUCUCAAAUAUCAAUCGUUCUAGUUCGACCACAAGUAGUUAAACGAGGAUCUUUCCACACCCCACACAUUACUUAAUCAAUCUCAAAUUUCAUGUGCAUACUGCAUUUAAUACUAAAUUCUUUCAAUGUACAUGAUCAAUAAAUCAAAAAAUUCACACCAGUGCAGUCUGUGCCCGUUCUA